CUUGGAGGAGAGGGGGGGCUGAUGCUGGUGGGAUCCCUGCUGUGCCCUCCUCUCGCUUUCUUGGUGGUGGGGCGUGGAGCAGAGCCCAGCUGUGGAGAGGGGAACUGCUGGAAUCCCCUGGGAUGUGCUGGGGAAACUGAGGCAUGAAGGGGGCAAAGCGGCUUCACCUCCCACUGUGUGGGCUGGGAGUGCUUUCCCCUCCAAGCCCUGCUCCCAUCCUGCCCAUUCCAGUGGUAUUUCUCAGCAGAGCUCUCUCUCUCAGGCACAGAGCAUCCCCAGCUCCAUUUUUUUUUGGCUUGCUUUGACUGGUGCAUUAGUUGCUGCUCAUCAGCCCUCCCUGCAGUGGAUGUAGGAGGGGAGAGCUGGAAGGCAGAGGAUGGCAGUCCCACAUUUGUCCCUGAGCAGACCCCAUCUGUCCCCUCCACACGAUGCUCAGUGGCACUCACACAGCACUGGUGGGUACCAGUGUGCACCCUGGGGCACUGCCACCCCUACUGCCAUGGUUUCUGAGCACCUCCUUGCUGCCUUGAUGCACAGCCUGACUUGUGCAAAGCCAAGCUCACACUUUCUUGCUCGUGAGCUCCACAGACCCAUUCCUGCACCUCUGCACUCCCUCAGUGUGUGUGCACCCAGACAGACCCAUCCAUCAAUAGAAAUACUGAGCCAACCCCCAGUGCUGGAGCUGGGGUUAGGGCACUGCAGCCCUCACCUCUGCACAUGGGGUUUCCCAUCCAUGAGCAAUGCACGUUGCCAGCUGUGGGCUCCAACACCUCAAGCACUGCUCUAAGUUCAUUGUGGGGAUGCUUUUGCAAUUUGAAGGGCACAUUUUUGUAGCUGUCACCCUGAAAGCCAGAGCAAGCAUGGCUUAGGGUGAGUGCUUGCAAGCAGUGAUUACCACGUGCCCAUGCCCAGAAAGCUGCGUCUGUCUGUCUGUCUGUGUUGGGAGCAGAGCAAUGACCCAGCAGUGGUCUGUGAUGUGGUUGGAGAGGAGCCCUGGAGGGCUGAUAUUCACCAGCUGAGCUCUAAGGACGAGGGGCUGUGUUUUCGUGUGCACUUGGGGGUGCCUGUGGAUGGCUUUGUCCCAUCCCUGGAGGUGCCCGAUAUCAUGGAUGGAACCCUGGGCAGCCUGAGCUGUGGGUAGCAGCCUGCCCAUAGAGUGGAUGAUCUUAAGUGCCCUCCAACCCAACCAUGCUGUGCUUCACUGAUUCCUGGGGACCCUCCCACCAUGCUCAACACACACCCGAACGUCCCAAAGCUGCGGUGUCACAGUGAUCCCCAUCCACCUCCAGGGCUGAGCAGUCCCCAAAGCAAAGCGAGGGCUGCGCCCCCGCUCCCCCCUGCUGCGCUUUGACCCCAUCUCUGUGUUUCCUCCUCUCUCCGUGGGCGAGGAUCCCCCAGGGCAGGAGGUCUCCGCGCUCCCGUCAGCCACGCCAGCACCCAGCAUAGGUGACGGUGUGCUGGGUGGAGGAGGUGCCGGCGAGUAACGAACAGUCCCUGUCUCCCCAGGCCGAGCACGCCGGCAUCCGGACGUACUUCUUCAGUGCUGAGAACACAGAGGAGCAGGAAUCCUGGAUCCAAGCCAUGGGCGAAGCUGCCCGGGUGCAGAUCCCCCCAACCCAGAGACACGAGAAGACGGAUUCUGAGAACAUCCCCCCCAGCAAACACCACCACCACCAUCGUAAUACCGUGCACCACGAGCACCCCAAAGCUGACCCCAGCGCCAAGACCCGGGGUGAAGGCGACGGCCGUGGCUCAGAGAAACUCGAGAGGAAACCAGAGAGGAUGGAGAGCAAGAAGGAACCCUUGGCCAAAGCCAAUGGCAUCGCCGGGCAAGAGAUACCCUCCGAGCCCGGCAGCCCUUACCCCGAAGCACCGCGGGUGCCGACGAGCACAGAGAGGCCGCCCCAACCCAACGGUUGGCCCUACACAUCCCCCAGCCGCCCUGGCAGCACUGCCUACCCCCCACCCGAUGGGGAGAGCGCUGCCCAUCGCCGCAGCUUCGCCCCCCGCACCAACCCCGAGAAAAUCGCGCAGCGUAAGAGCUCCAUGACUCAGCUGCAGCAGUGGGUGAACCUGCGCCGGGGCAACGUGGCCCCCGAGGAGCUGCGCAGCCCCACCAGGUUUUACCCCGUGUCUCGCCGGGUGCCUGACUACUACCCUCCCUACUCACCCCAGUACCCUGAGGACUAUCAGUACUACCCACCCGGCGUGCGCCCUGACAGCAUCUGCUCCAUGCCCGCCUAUGAGCGGGUCAGCCCUCCCUGGGCAUUGGACAACAACAAGCGGCAUUCCUUCCGCAACGGGGGCCCCUACCAGCUCCAGGAAUGGAAGGAGCACCCUGGCUUCGGCCGGCAGGAUGUCCCUGUCUGGCUCCCUGGUAGGCAGCCAACUUAUUUCGAUGAGGUGGAUGCUGCCUCAGGGUCGCUGCGGAGGAUGUCGCUGCAGCCCCGCUCCCGCUCCGUGCCCCGCUCGCCCAGCCAGGGAUCCUACAGCCACACGCGGGUCUACUCCCCGGUGCGCUCUCCCAGCGCUCGCUUCGAGAGGCUGCCGCCCCGUGGAGAGGAGAUUUAUGUCGACCCCGGCACCUUCAUGAUGAGGAGAUCCAUCAGUUCUCCCAAGUACGACUACCUGGGUGACAGGCGGCCCAUCCCUGCAGGAAUGUACCCCUACCACUACCCCGCAUCCCCCACGGUCCACGACAAGAUGGAUGAACUUUUAGACCUUCAGUUGCAAAGAAACCUAGAGUAUUUGGACCAGCAGAUGAGCGAGAGCGAAACCCUGAUCAGUAUGGUGAACAGGAUGGUGGAGAGCUCCUCCCCUAGGGCUCAGCUCUACAUGCAAGUGACGACGCCUUUCCCAGAAGCCUACAGGGAGACCCUGCAUGCCUACAAGAUAAGCGAGCAAGACACUGAUAAGCUGCUGGGGAAGCUCUGUGAGCAGAACAAAGUGCUGCGGGAGCAGGAGAGGCUGGUGCAGCAGCUCCGAGCAGAGAAGGAGAGUCUGGAGAGUGCCCUGAUGGGGACACACCAGGAGCUGGAGAUGUUUGGGAGCCAGCCUGCCUACCCUGAGAAGCUGCUGCACAAGAAGGAGUCUCUGCAGAACCAGCUCAUCAACAUCCGCGUGGAGCUGUCGCAGGCCAGCACGGCCUUGGCCAACAGCACAGCUGAGUAUGAGACCCUGGAGAGCGAGGUGUCCGCCCUGCACGAUGACCUCUGGGAGCAGCUGAACCUGGAUAUCCAAAAUGAAAUGCUGAACCGACAGAUCCAGAAGGAGAUUUGGCGGAUCCAGGAUGUGAUGGAGGGGCUGAGGAAGAACAACCCAUCCCGCGGCACCGACACAGCUAAGCACAGAGUGGCCAUCGGCCCCUCGGGCACCUACAGCUCCAACAGCCCUGCCAGCCCACUGAGCUCCGCCAGCCUCACCAGCCCCCUCAGCCCCUUCUCCCUCAUCUCUGGCUCUCAGGGUUCGCCCACCAAGCCAGGUCCCAGUGAGGAACCCGGCCCGCCUCGACCUCCCCUCCCCAAGUCGUACAUCCCCCUGGAGCCUCCUCCGACCGUACCUCCACUCCCUAGCGAGAGCCGCCCCUGGCCGUACCCCACCUCCCCUUCCUGGCAGCGAGGCGGCGAGUCACAGAGGGGACAGCCCAAACCAAGCUUGGAGCAAAGCAAGAAGGAGACGCAGCGAGCAGCUGCCCCCAGCUCCACUGCUGAGGGGCUGCUGAGCCGGCAGGAGCAGGAGGCAGAAAAACAAGCUGCCCUCAACAAAGUGGGCAUUGUGCCGCCCCGAACCAAAUCCCCGACGGAGGAGGAGGUGGUGCCCACAACAGGGAUGCUGAGGAGGAGUGCCAGCGGCAUGGCCAACGGGCUGGGCUCCCGGGAGAGGCCGAAGAGCGCCGUGUUUGCCAAUGAGACAAAGGUGAAGAUGAGCGUGGAGGAGCAGAUUGACCGCAUGAAACGCCACCAGAGCGGCUCCAUGAAGGAGAAGCGGCGCAGCCUGCAGCUGCCCGGCAGCCAGCAGCCAGACACCCCUGGCACGAAGGCACCCACGUCCUACAAAGUGGUGCGCCGGCACCGCAGCAUCCAUGAGGUGGACAUCUCUGACCUGGAGGCAGCGCUGCGGUCUGAUGAACCUGGCAAGGUGCACGAGACACCCCGAGAGGAGAUCGCCCGGCUGCGCAAAAUGGAGCUGGAGCCACAGCACUACGAUGUGGACAUCAACAAGGAGCUAUCCACGCCGGACAAAGUCCUCAUCCCUGAGAGGUACAUUGAACUGGAGCCUGACACGCCACUCAGCCCCGAAGAAAUGAAGGAGAAGCAAAAGAAGGUGGAAAGGAUAAAAACCCUCAUUGCCAAAUCCAGCCUACAGAAUGUCAUCCCCCUGGGUGAGGGUGAAGUGGACGCUCCCCAGGACCCCGAAACACAGCUGCAGGAGCAGGAGAAGAGGAUAGAGAUCUCAUGUGCUCUGGCUGCUGAGGCAUCCCGCCGGGGCCGCAUGCUAUCGGCUCAAUGCGCUACCCCAAGCCCUCCCACCUCCCCAGCUUCCCCGACUCCACCGACCAACCCCCUCUCGUCUGAACCAUCCCGGGUCGCCGACUGCAGCCAUUUUAUGCGUGUCUGAGCCAUGAACUCAAGCCCUGGCAGCCGCUGGUGCCAUCAAGUCUCAUGGGGCCACGUUCUAGUGCAGCACUACAUGCGCCAUGGCUCGACACUGACCCUCUCUGCGCCAUCGUUUUUGGUUCUCCUGGACCCCUUCCCUCCUUCCCAUCGAUGGCAUCACCAUUGGGGUGGAUGAGAGGGGAAGAUGCAGCUCCAACGCUCUGCCCCAUCCUGGAGGAGCUGUGCAGAUGCCAUAAGCGCCGUCCCCAAGGACUGGGGACACUGAGCUUCCACCCAGCACUGGGACACAGCUGCGUUGUCCUGGGUGCAUGGAGGGACACGUGCAGCUCUGGAGGAGUGCAGCACCCCUCAGCUCUCCGUGCAUUGGUCACACAAAGGGGGCCGUCUCCACUAUGGAUGGUGCAUUCUCCACGUGCAUCUGUGCUCCUGGCUGUGCCCUGAAAGCUUUCAGCACCUUGCUGGAGGGAGGUGCCAGCCUCAUCGUGGCUGCAAGUGGGAACAGGGCGCACGGAGAGGGGACACAAUGGGACACAGGUGUCCCAGGGGAGGUGAGGGCUGCCCAGCACAGAGCCGUGGGCAUGGAGCAGCAGGUGCAGGCAGGGACAGGGGAUGUGGGGAAGGAGCAGAGGAACGGAGCGGAGCCGAUGGGCCAAGCAAGCAGUCUGCAGGAUGGAUGGGGAUGGUGACAAGGAAGGGACCGGGUCGGAGCCGUGAAUGCUUCCAGGUGGUAGCAACGCUUUGCUCAUGGUCACCUCUGUCACAGCCCAGGUGGCCCAGCAGGAAUUCCGUGACACAUGCAGCACUCCCUGGGCAGCCUUCUGUGCUGGAGGAGGGAUUCCUUCUCCCGCAGCACCGGGGAUGGAUGUGGGGACAAGGAGGGGGCACCUCAGCUGCGCAGCAUGGACUGGAUCCCUCUGGUCUCACCGCACGCCAUUGCACUCCAACCACGUCAGCUUGGUCAUUUCUCCUACUGCGAGCCUAUCCUUGAUUUCAUUUUAUUUUCGCUUUCCAAACGGAGGGAAAAACGCUGUUUCUGCCUGAAAACACAGCAACGUGUGUGGGGGGGUGGGGGGCAGAGGUGGGGGUUGGGCAGUGUCCCCAUGGCUGGAUCCUGAUGUGUGCCCCCUCUGCAUCCCCAACCCCCCCCCCCAGCUCUUAGCAAUACUCAUAGGAUCCCAGGAACCCCAGUCCCCCUCUCCUCCUGCAACCCCCUUAGCUCAUAAAGCUGGCCCUUUAUUUUGCUAUUACAUGCCUUAAUAUAUGUUUUAUGGAGAGUUAUACAUUUAUUAUAUACGUAUAUAUAUAUAUAUAUAUAUAUAGAUGGGGUUUGUUUUUUUUUCUCUUCUUUUCUGGGAGGUAGUUUUGUGCUGAUCUCUCCGCAGGGUUGUCAGCACAACGAGAGCAGAUUCUUUGCCAGUUUAUCAGAAAAUUUAAAAUUAAAAAAAUAAUAAUAAUAAAAAUUAAAAAUUAAAAAAAAA